CAUUUUACAGCAAUCACUUAUGGCUUAGCUUGUUUGUGUUAUGACAGGUUACUCCAGCAGCUUGAUUAAACAACGAAAGAGUUUAUUAUUAUGUACUGAAAAACAGUCAGUUGAGGUUGGUCUACAUUUUGUGAUGCAAUAAAUGCACUUUGGCAAACUCAUGCUCAGUCCCCCUUCGCACUAAGUUGGUACACAACGUGUGCGUUAGCUGCCACGUGUGCAUAGGAUCAUGUGGUUUCACACAUGUUGUUGGCUUAAGGUAAGAAGAAGAAGAAGAAGAAGAAGAAGAAGAAGAAGAAGAAGCUUUGUGGUUAGGCCAACCAUGCGUGCGAAGCCACGCCGUGCUGUGCACACUUGACAGCUAGCACAUGUGGUUGUAGUAGUUUGGACUCCAAGGUAAAUCCGGGUUAGUGUUGUACGUAGAGGCCUAGAGGACUGAGCAUGCAACGUAGUAGAUAAGAAUAUAUCACCUUGGCGAUGAGGAUGAUGGAUCCAGGGCAACAACAGGAUGCAACAGCUUCAUCUGGAAGCGACCCAGCGCAGGUACCACCGGGACACGGGCCCCCAGCAGUUGCAAGUCUUCCAAUGUGGGUGGGCGUUCAGUUUCCAAUCAGCAAGUUUGAGGCCUUUGAUGCCGCCACAGAAGAGUGGGGAGUCUAUCAAGGAGGUUAGAGCAAUUCUUCGUGGUGAAUGACAUUCAGUCUGAGGAUCAAAACCGCAAGCGCGUCAUUUUAUUGCAUUCAUGUGGUAAACAGACCUACCAUCUUCUGUGCAGUUUGGUGAGUCCGAGGAAACUGGCAGGAACGCCCUAUGAGCAGCUAUGUGACACCCUACAAACACAAUUCAACCCCAAACUAACGGUAACGGUACAGAGAUACAAAUUAAAUACUCACACGCAGCUCCCUGAGGAGAAUGUCGCCACGUUUGUGGCUAAGUUGCGAGAAUUAGCAGAAUUCUGUGAAUUUGGGGAGAAGCUAGAUGAGCAUUUGAGAGAGCGGUUGGUGUGUGGACUGCGAAAUGAGCAAACAAAACGGCAUUUGUUCACGGAGAGUAAGCUAUUAUUUCAGUCAGCUUGGAAGAUAUCAAAAGCAAUGGAGACAGCCAAAAAGAACGUAGAGGCCAUACAGAAUGAGAGUCAGAAUGGACGAGGAAACUGCACAUUUGGUGAUCAAGGCACGACAGGGCAUUAGCGUGAUAGUGGUGAACAAGCAGUGACUCCAGUCUGUUACAGAUGUGGGGAAUCAACCACUCACCAAGUGGGUGUAGAUUCAAAAGUGCAGAAUGUUAUCAUUGCAAGGCACGGGGCACAUUGCUAGAGCAUGUCGAGUAAAACAGAGGGCUAAAUCACCCUCUACUAGGAAAAGCGUUUCUGCUUAUAAAGCAAAGACAGUUGAUGAGGAUGAAUUUGGAGACAAGGAAGAGGAGGAAGAUACAUAUUACAUCAAGAAAAUGACCAUCAGGAUCAGGUGAAUCCCCCUUGGGUAACAGUUGAAGCACAUGGAAAACAGCUGAAGAUGGAAAUAGACACAGGAGCCUUUGUGUCACUGAUCUCAGAGGAAACAUACAAGAAAAUGUGGAAUAGAGGAGAGGAAAGGUACGGGAAUUUGAAACACCAAAGAAAAGAAUCAAGACCUACACUAAUGACAGAAUAGAAGUGAUUGGAGAAACUCAGGUUUUGGUUAGAGUCAACCCUCGGGAUAGCAAGGCGAAAUUGUCAUUGUUAGUGGUAAAAGGACAGGGAUCAAGCCUAUUGUGAAGAAACUGGCUUCAGCAGCUGAAGUUGAACUGGCAUCACAUCAUGACAAUUGGAAAUUUAUCAAAACUGGAUGAAAUAUUGUCUCGUUAUCAGUCUUUGUUCUCAGAAGAACUAGGAGAGUACAAAGGUCCAAAAGCUAGAAUUUUGAUUGAUUCAGCAGAGCCUCCACGGUUUUGUAAAGUGAUGAGUGUAUUGUAUGCUCUCAGGCAGCAGGUAGCAGAUCAGCUGAAACUCUUGGAAAGCGAAGGAAUUCUCAAACCAGUUGACCAUGUCGGCUGGGCAGCACCCAUGGUACCUGUCAUUAAACCUGACAAGUCAAUUAGAAUAUGCGGAGAUUUCAAAUAUACGAUCAGUCGUGCAACUCGCAUGAACAAGUACCCAAUUUCUCAGGUGGAAGAUCUGUUAGCUAGACUAGCUAAAGGCAAGUAUUUCACAAAGUUGGAUCUCAGUCAAGCAUACAACCAACUGCUGCUCCCAGAAAAAUCACAACAAUACACGACCAUUAACACAUUCAGAGGACUUCUUCAAUACACACGACUACCUUUUGGCAUCUCCUCAGCACCUAGCAUGUUCCAACGAGUGUUAGAGUCGGUACUACAGGGCACAAACGACACAGACAACUAUCUUGAUGACAUCCUAAUUGCAACUGAGACAGAGACUGAACACGUGGAACAGUUGGAUGCAGUGCUACGGCGCUUGAGCAAGGCUGGAUUUCAUCUGAGAAGAGACAAGUGUACGUUCAUGGCAACAUCUGUAUCAUAUUUAGGACACAACACCACGUUGACAGUCAAGGAAUUCAUCCAGACUGGGAGAAAGUGCAAGCGAUCCGAGAUGCCCCAGCUCCAAUUAAUAGUCAAGAAUUACGCAGCUUUUUGAGACUCCUAAAUUAUUACAAUCGAUUUGUUUCACAGCUAUCUACCAUGUUGGUGCCACUGUAUCAGCUGCUGAAACAGGGAGUAAACUGGAACUGGGGUCGUCAACAACAAACAGCUUUUCAAAAAGCCAAGAAAGCCCUGUUAUCACAUCAGGUGUUGGCUUGCUUAUGACCCGAACCUCGAGAUUGUCUUGGCCUGUGAUGCUUCACCAUAUGGUGUGAGUGCUGUUCUGUCACAUAAGUGGUCAAAUGGUAUGGAGCGUCCAUUAGCUUUUGCCUUUCGAUCUUUGAACGACACUGAGAAAAAGUAUGCACAAAUAGACAGAGAAGC